AUGAAUUCUUCUCUUUAUGUGCACACGGCUCCUUGCGGCCUUAACUAUGGAUCAUCAAACUAUUCCAACUCUUCUCUUGUGACUAAUUAUAAUUAUGUGACUCUUGGGGACAUGAAUGCCUCGGAUUUGAGGGAACUGUGCAGCAUAGAGAAGAUAGUUUUGGUUCCAAAAAUUGAUCACGGGAACAUAUCUUUUAACGAAAUUCGCGAGAAGCGGCGUACGGGUUUGAGCUUUCAUGGUACAACGAUCGGCUGUGAAAAUUGCGCAAGAGGUUGCUACCUCGACGAGCGCAAACCGUCUUCAAUGCAUGGACGUUUAUUACGGAAUUCGGGAAGUUCGACCGCACUCGGGAGUUGGAUUUCGAAGGCUUUUGGUUAUUUCUACUCCACGGGGGAAGGUGGAUAG